UGUUUGAUUUUUUUCCUUUGUCUCCGUUUGGCUGCUGUGGUUGAAAAUUAAAGAUGGCGACGCCCUUGUCGAAAUAAAAUUGGAUAUUUCCUCGUUUAGAAGCUUACUUCUACGAUUCUUAACGUGUGAUUGCGUCCAACUAACGACGGAAAGGGAAAGGAAGAUCAGACACACUCACUGCAUAUACAGUGGCAGACCAACCACGUUCCAGAAGACAACAUGCGUCUGGCUACAGUCCUGCUGGGUAAGAGGGCGCAGAUUCGGAAGCUCGGCCCAAAAUCCAUCCGCCUGUCAUUGCGAGGCUGCACCAACAGACCGUUUUACCACAUCGUGGUGGCACCAACGCCAGCAGGGAGAGACAAAGAGAUCUAUGAACAGCUAGGGACCUAUGACCCUAUGCCCAACGACUUCAACGAAAAACUUGUCAGCUUUAACUACGAGAGACUAAAACACUGGUUGGUAGUGGGGGCAACACCCACCAAGUCUGUGGCACAACUUUUAGGACUUUCAGGGUUCUUACCUCUUCACCCCAUGAGUACACUCACAGCGGAGAGAAACAGGAAGGCAGCAGCAGAGAAGGCUGCAAAACUACAGGAGGAGGCACAGGAAAAGGACCAAUCAACUACAGAAGGGGUCUGACCAAUCAGCAACAGAAGGGGUCUGACCAAUCAACA